UGCCAGAGUCUCUGCUGUCCAACUUUCACACUGCCUCUCCUUCUGCAUGCUGAAUAUAUGCCUGGAUGGAUACAGCUCCAAAUAUCAUCUUCAUCGCUAAUCAUCAGAUCCAUAUUCAAGAGGAACAGCAUAGCAAUGAGGCAGCAGGUGUGGGAGAGAUCUGACUAGGCGUGUGGGUCUGCAGCGUGACACUGAGUGGGAGAUGAGGACUGUUCUUCCUGUGUGCGGAGGCAGUGAUGGAGGGGAGUCCCGCAGCCUCCGCUCCAAGGUGGGCAUGAUGAAGAAGCUCCUGUGGCUGAAGCCAAGCAUCCAUGAGGAUGUCCACACAGACCGGGAGCCUGGCGUUUGGCUGAGGAGCUUCCAGUUUCUGGACACAGAUGGACAGUAUGAGGACCCAGUGCAGGAGUGGGGGGAAGAGGAGGAAGAUGGGGCUGUGUUUGGCGUCACGCUGCGCAGGGAGCCUGUCCUGCCAAAUACGGACGCAGCGCAGCAAACGUCAGCCUUCAGUUUUGUCCAGUACCACACAGUGAAGGUGCGCAGGCUGAAAGCUGCCACCUUGGAGCGUCUGGUUACCCAUCUGUUGGACCCUGAACAUCAGGAGCCUGACUUCAUCCAUGUGUUCCUGUCCACCUACAGGGCCUUCACACCCACUAACACACUGAUCGAACUGCUGUUUCAGAGAGAUGACUCGGUGGCCAACCUGGAUAACUCUGUUUGUCCACAGAGUACACUUGCCCCCGUGAUCCGGCUCUGGCUGGAGGAACACAGUGAAGACUUUCACGAGCCCCCUCAGUACCAGUCGCUGAGGCUAUUGUGUGUCCAUUUGCGACAUCGUCUUUGCUUCAGGCGUGUGGCUCAGAUUGCAGAGAACCUGCUUAAGAGGCUCCAGGAGCAAGAUUGCAGCCUGUCUGCAUCAGAGCACAGAGGUGAAUCACUGCAGCAGGACCAGAGAGAUCACGAGGACAGAGAACAGGCAUCCACCAAAGAGGAAAACAAAAGCACAUUCAUGGACUUUCCUGUGAGAGAAGUGGCAGAGCAGCUCACCAGACUGGAUGCUGAGUUGUUUAUCAGAGUGGAGCCUUUCCACUGUCUGGGCUGCAUCUGGUCUCAAAGGGACAAGAAGGAAAACCGAAACCUGGCGCCCACGGUCCGUGCCACCAUCUCCCAGUUCAACGCUGUCACCAACCGUGUCAUCACCUCUCUUCUCUGCCCUUCCUCACCAAGCCCUUCCUCUUCCUCCCCACAUUCGUCACCCUGUUCUUCUUCUGCUUUCCUGUAUCCCAACACUGCCCCGAGCUCACCUCACUGCUCGCACACAAACCCUGGCCACAGGGCGCACAUCAUUGAAAGGUGGAUCUCUGUUGCACAGGAGUGCAGAGAGCUGAAGAACUUCUCCUCGUUGAAGGCCAUCCUCUCAGCUCUGCAGUCCAACGCUGUGUAUCGCCUCAAGAAAACCUGGGCCGCUGUCAGCAGGGAAAGUAUGGCCACAUUCGACCACCUUUGUGAGAAUUUUCCUGAUGAGAACUGUGUCCUGACCAGCAGAGAGAUCCUAGUGGAGGAUGGUAGUGCUACAGAAGGCUUGAAAUCACCACGACUCUGCCCCAGACAAAUGAACUUGAGCAGUGGUAUUGUGCCGUACCUGGGCACCUACCUGACUGUGCUCACCAUGCUGGAUACGGCACUGACAGACACUGUGGAGGGUGGUCUCAUCAACUUUGAGAAGCGUAGACGGGAGUUUGAGAUUCUCUCUCAGAUUCGGCAGCUUCAGGCCUCCUGUUCCCACUACAACCUUCCAGUAAACACUCAGAUCACCAUGUGGCUGCAGGCCCACACACUGCUCACAGACCAGGAGAGCUAUGAGCUGUCCCGUGACUUGGAGCCCCCAGUUGACCCCUGUCCCACCUCUCCCAACUCGUGGAGCCAUCGUCUGCUCACUAAGAAGCUGGCCUCGUUGCGAACAGUGAGUGACAGCGCCCUCAGGAAAACCCACGCCGACCAGAUCAGUGUGUCAUCUUCCGGCUCUAGCAGUUCAGACAUGGAGGACCUCUCUGCUCCACAGCCAUCUCCACUCCGCCUCAAAAUGAAGUCUCUCUCAGGCUCUCUUCACAACGUCGCAGAGGACUUCUCCAUCUCCUCAUCUUCUCCAAGUCUCUCCAGCUCCUCCUGCAGCUCCUCUCACCCAGACCUCAGUUCAUCCUCUCUGGUCCUGAGCCCCGACUCGUCAUCGUCCGCCUGCUCUGCUCAGACUCUGCUCCCUGUCUACAACAAGCAAGUUGCUGACUCAUGCAUCAUUAGGGUCAGUGUGGAGUCCGUCAGCAGUUGUAACAUCUACAAGAGUAUUCUGUUGACCAGUCAGGACCACACACCGCAGGUGGUUCAGCGAGCUCUUGAAAAGCACAACAUGGACGAUGUGAGCUGCCACGAUUUCAGCCUGUACCAGAUGCUCAGCAAUGGAAAAGAGCUCCAGAUUCCUGACAAAGCCAAUGUGUUUUAUGCCAUGUGCACCACUGCCAACUAUGACUUUGUCCUGCGUCAGCGCUGGAGAAGCCACGGGAAACAUUUUGGCCCCUUGCCCAGUCCUGGAACUCAACCCAAGAACCGGCACAACAAGUGAAGAACAGGCUGAACUUUGGAGUACAUAUAGAAAACAGAGGAGCUCUAUAUCUCAUCAACAGGAGCUGCUCACUGCUACCUCCUCCUGUCCUCACUGUCACCAGACAUGAAGAAGGGCCAAACAGAGCUCCAGCUGACCUGGAGUCAGCCUCAUCUGUGGCAGUAACACUAAGAGUGGACUCUAGGAACAGAGGCGUAUCAUGUCUACAGAACAGACAUGUUAGGAAAGCACGAAGAAAUAAAUGAGGACUUCUAUUAGAAACUCUCCUUUUGUUCUCCAUCAUUCCAUGUAAAUGAACCACAGUUUACCCUUUUGUACAAACUAAUAGUCUGCUCCAGUGCAUGUAGGACAGUUUAUCUGGAGCUUAAGCUUUCACUUGACCUGAAUGCAGACGUCAAACAUUAAGAACAGCAGCUCUGGCAGAAGCAGACAUGUGUCAUGACAGUUCCACUGCGGAAAAUGGAUAUGUCUGUCUGCAGAUUUAGCUGGUUCCUGUCAGGGAUCAGAGCCACAGAUGUGGGACUUGAACGUCAGCCUGUGUGGUUGAAUGAGUAACAGGAGGUGCUGACCCAGGAGGAGAAAGUGAAUGACCGAGUAAGGGAUGAAGAGCAGAGAGUAGUACUACUUGGCCCAGAGAGUGAGAUCCGUCCUGCAGAUCACACUGGAGGUCAAAAGACUCCCCAGAAAGAUGAUCUAGUUGAAGAUUCAAUAUUUUAUUGUAAUUUAAUGUACUUUCAUCAACAUUUAUUUAAUGCAUUUCAGUAUUCUGCUUUUAUAGCAAACCAUGACCCAAAUGUGGUUUUGUGGUUAAAUUCUAGUCACUAUCCUCUCUUCACUCAUCUGUGCUUUGAUUAUUUUCAAACAUGUAUGUAUUUAGGCUGCUUUAGUAUCUGUAAACACAGCUCAGGUUAGUAUUAUCUGAAAUGAAGGAAGCUGAUUCUUUUGUCUGCUGCUGUAAAAUGAAGGAGAUGUAAGCAAGUACAACUUGUUUCAUAUUUUAUAUUCAUCAGUCUUGCCUCUGUUACUGUCUCUUUGUUUAAUAUUGAAGGAUCUUAAAUAGCUGAUACUCGGCUUUUUGAGUCUGUCAUUAAGGAGAAUAUAAAUAAAACAGGCUCACUCACUGUUUGCUAUGAAAGAGAUCAGUCUAAAAUUGCAUUUUUGGAUGUGAAAAUGAAGUGCUCCAGUAUGUGAAUGUCAUUUGAGGUAUUAAAUCAGUGAACCCAGUGAUGUACUGUUGGUCAUCUCUUACACUGUCAGAUACUUUACUCCAAAUACUACAAGUGAAUACAAGUAUGAAGUCUGACACAUUUAACACACAUUUAUUUGGUGGUAUACACAUGUUUGUUCUCAUCUGUGUAAAAGAAAAAAAAAAAGGAAAAAACAAAGAAUAAAACCAUUUUUUAUUAGGACUUGUACACUGUAUCACUGGGUCCUAAUUUAAUUCCACUGUGGAUGGUGGACGGUUGGUUAACUUAACAUGGCAGCUGAAAUGUGAAGGAAGGGGUCGACGGAAUGACUUCUACUGUGUCUGUUUCUGUAUAUGUGUCUGUUUUUCUGUCUUUUGGCUGCAUGCAUAUUCAUGUACUUGUAAAAUUGUCAACAUAAUUGUCAUAAUUUAAGCCUACAUGUGUAUGUUGUAAUGUUUUAUUUAACAGAUUUAUGCUUAAAGUUAAAUCUAAGCACUUGCCAUUUUGUAUUAGUAGUAAAUGUCCAUUAAUAAAGCCAGUUUCCUACUUCA